GAAUCGUAUUACACAGUGAAAGUGUGGCGCAUAGCAUAUCGCCAGGUGGCGCAACUGUAGACCCAUCAUGACUCGCUCGUAUUCUCGUCUUUCAGGACCUUCUUUGAGUGUCGUCAAUAUUCUGUCAAGGAGCUUGAUGGGCCGUCAUUUUACGACACACUAUGCCACAGCAAAUGGAAUUGGAACAUCGGGGGCCUCUGUUGGCUUGAUCACCGUGGCGCCAUUUACCCAGCUUCUGCUGAAUACCUAUGGCUGGAGAGGUACUUUCCUCAUUCUGGGUGGAUUUGGCCUGCAUCUUGGGGUGUGUGGCGCCCUCUUGCAGUCACCACCGACUGAUGAAACAAAGAAGAAUGGUGAGUACCAGUCACUUGGCCCAGACAUCGAUGAAGCACCAGUGAUUAACUCACCAAGUGCCGAGGAGACUGGCAAUUCGAAGUUGUCAUCCCGACUUAUCACCUUUAAGGACGCCAUCUGCGCUCAGAUGUCUCGUUUUGGAUUCUCAGUUUGUCUCCGGGUCCCAUUUUGGAUCACAGCGGUCAUAUUCUGUUGCAGCAGCUUCUGCGGUGUCCAGUGGUACAUCUACUACAUUUCCCAAGCCGAAGCCAAAGGUUUCUCACCGUACGACGCUGUGACAUUCACCACGGCUGCAGGGGUCGGAAAUUUACUUAUCAAGAUCCUGUCUGGCCCUAUCGUGGACCGAGGUCUGCUGAAAUUGCGACCAGCGAUUGUGCUGACUAUUAUGCUGAGCUCCUCGGCUCUACUGAUAACUCCCUUAGUAAAUUCCUACUGGCUGAUGAUGGCCAAUGCCUCCAUCUUUUAUGGCGCUUUUGGAGCAGUUGUCUCACUGAAUGAUCUGUACACCAGAGAGCUACUUGGUACUGAUCUUUUGGCAUGUGCUUUCGCGUGGAUGGAGCUAGUGGCGGCCGUGUUAUGUUUCAGUCUUGGAUUCUUUCCAGGUAAGACACAUAACAUAUAA